AUGGCCUGUAUAUCAUUUGGUCACACGAACCCAGGCACCCAGAUAGGGAACAGUUAUGGCCCGAUUUAUCCCAACGUAGACUCUGCCCCUUUGUCAACCGUCCCGUUCCGUCGUGACUCAGACUUUGUCGAUCGUGGAACACUACUCGAUGAGAUUUAUGAAAAGGGCAAUACUCCGAGCGCUCGCAUAGCCCUUGUUGGUCUCGGCUGUGUGGGGAUCCGAGAAAAAUCACCUGACACAUGGGUUUUCUGGAUCCAUGCAGCUAAUGCUGGUCGUUUUGAACAAGGUUUCCGGGAGAUUGCCGACCGUGUCAAGAUUCCUAAUCGCAAGAACCAAGCUGCAAACGUAUUCCAUCCGCUCACCAUAGCUGCAACCUCUGCUCUCAAUGAUUGGGAUAGCGUGAGAGAUUCUUUGUCUACCGAAUCUCGUGACGCAUCUACUGAAGAUCAAGUGGUGAAAUAA